UACGAAAAUAUCCAAUAAACGAGGAACUCAACAUGAAUAUUAUUGCUUAAACUGUAAUUUGCGUACUAAUUAUUCAAUCAUGGAAAUUUGCGCAAUCGAUCCAGGCCCAGAAAUGCAGUUUGAAACUCUACGGGAUCUAGAAACAUAUAUGGAGGCAUAUAUGGCGAGAACAAACCAGCUGUUCAUCAAAGGAAAGAGGACAGAUAUACUCCGUCCUUCAGACCGAUUUUAUAUCACCCAUCGGUAUUCCGGCUGCAGGUGGGCUCUUCACCGACGCCGUCAUCUGCGCUUACUUGGCAAUAACACCACUAACCGCAUCGAGAGAUUUUUCGCAAUGGUGAAGGCCGUUAUGCGCGGACAAGGGCGCAGGGUCAUUAAACGGAUGCAUCUUGCUGAAUGUAUUGAAAUGGUACUGGCGGCAGUUAAUUCAAAGGUUACUCUAUCGGACUACGGAGAAUACAUGAAUAACGCAAAGAGAUUAAUCAUGCACGACUUUCCGGAUGUCAAAGUGGGAGAGAUGGUCGGCAGACUGUUGACUAAUUUUGCCGCUUUGGUGGUGAAAGAACAGUACAAGUUGCUGGCCAGAGAAUUCUAUACCACAGUAUCAACUGGCGCGGAUACUUACGAAACCAAACAUAAAAAAACCGGAAAAGUGUAUCAAAUAAUUUGCAAUCCGGACAGUGGGGAAAUGUGCUGCAACUGCUAUGUUUCCUGCAUGUUUGGCUUACCAUGCCGGCAUGUGCUUGCAGCAAGGCGGUUCCAAAGUAUGCACACAUUUGAUAUUAAAGACUGUCUUCCGAGAUGGCAGCGAUUGUCAUCAGAAAGCUCCGGAGAACAGGUUGACCUUUAUCACGACGUUGUGCUUGACGCAUUAAGUGGUCACAUGGAUGAGAACGAAGAAAACCCUGAAGUCGAAAACAAGACAGGAACCAACAGACAAGAAACUGUCUCGUCCGGCAGCCAAGUUUAAUGAAGCCUUCAGAAUUCUGUCGAAGAUCUUUCAUCUGUUGUCGCAGCGCAGAAUUCAGAAAGAUACCAGUAUAUUUUGCAACAACUGCAGCGUGCCUUGGACCACCUUGAUCAAGGGUAUUUGUUCCGCGUGUUACCGGUAGUUGAGACGGCGUCAGUGUCCUGUCAGACAGAUUUAACUGGAAAAAUUGUUGAUAAUCCUGUGCAGUUACUGGAAGAAAAUGCACAAAAAGAGACAGAAAAAAGUCCAAGAAGGAGUUUACCUGAAUUUAAACUGUUUCGCGAUGCCAGAAAUGAACGCGGUCGACCACCAAAAAGCGGCUUAGGAUUUUAUCGAAUUAUAAAGAGGAAACAGAAUUCCGACAAUGGCUGAAACAAAUAAUCGAAACUGAAAUAGUAUCAAAACCGCCAAAGAAACGUGGACGAUUUACGCACGAAACCAACAAACCGGAAACACCGAAAAUGACGCUUUCGGCUGAACAAGCUGCUAAUUUGCGAGUUUCUUUGAACUGCCCGCUAAAAGAUGAUCUUGAAGAGAUGAACGGUGUACCAUUUUAGUACCUUAUUAGAAGAUUUCAGUAAAUUUUGUAAUUGGUUUUACCUGUAUUUUGCAAACCCAUU